UUGAUCACCUUUAGAUAGCUUUAGUGAAUUCAUACCUUUAAGGAUGAUGAUGGAAUUGAGAGAGGAGAGGAUAUUGGUUUAGAACUACAGAAGGCAAUUGAGGAGUCGAAGAUAUCAAUAGUUGUCUUCUCAAAAAAUUAUGCAUCUUCAAGUUGGUGCCUCGAUGAACUUGUUAUGAUCCUUGAACACAAGAAUUCUGGUGGUCAUAUAAUUCUUCCCAUCUUCUACGAUGUGGAUCCAUCAUAAGUUAGAAAACAGGUGGGAAGCUUUGCAAAACCAUUUGUAAGACAUGAAGAGCGGCUCAAAACAGAGAUGUCUGAAAAGAAAAAGGAUGCUAUGGCCCAGGUAGAGAAGUGGAAGGCAGCUCUUAUAGAAGCUGCAAAUUUGGCAGGGAUGGUAUUGGGAGAUAAAGAAAUUUCGGCGCAACCUAAUGGGCUCAUGCAUUUACAAAAACAACUUCUCUCAGAAAUACUGAAGAGCAAAUGUGUCGAAAUUUGGAAUGUUGAUGAAGGAAUCACUAAGAUUAAAGACAACAUUGGUUACAAAAGAGUUCUUAUAGUUUUAGAUGAUGUGGACUGAAUAGACCAAUUGAAUAAAAUACUAGCAGCACUAGACUGGUUUUAUC